AUGAAUAGUUUCGUUAGCAAACCCCCUGAAUGUACGCUUAUACUCGAUAAUCUUCCGAAAGAAAUAGAUCAUUGGCUCAUCGGAAUAGAUACUCAAUUUUUCAAUGUGAAUUCUCUAUUGAAAGGCAUUAAAUUAAUACCACGAGGUAUACAUUUGUUUCAUUAUUCAACCAAUUUCAUGGAUGACCACAAGCCAAGAGGAGAUAGUGGCAUGCUUGAUGCUACAGGUCCCAGUUUUCGUUAUGGAUUUUGGUUUGAAGCUAGGGAAAAUGAUGUAUUGGUACUAUAUUGGCAAGAAGACUCUGAGUCGUGUGUGAUAAUAGACGAACAUAAUGAAUUGGAAAGAUUAAAUUAUACGAAGGUACUUUCAAACUUGGGCGACACAUAUCUGUACAUGUUAAAAUACCCCCAAGACGAACAGUCAUGGAAAACACUAACGCGAUAUAUUGAUGAGCAGAUCAGUGCCGCCAUUUUGCCUCAGUGCAAUGGGUAUGGUCAAAUUGACACAAUGAUGUCAUCGAAAGAAGAAUUUUUAGCGCUAGCUCAUCAGCUUAGCCAGAAGGGCAAUUCAAUAGAAGAAAAUGGAGAUAAUCUUUUACUGUACUCUAUAGUACAGUUCAAAUUGAAUAGAAGUAAGAACCAAACUGUCGAACAGACUACAAGAAAUUAUUUGGAUAAGUCGUGGUAUCUCGAAGAACUAUUCAAUGAAUCAUUGCAAAAUUACCUUGGGGAGUUGCAGUUGAGUUUCCUUAAUUUUAUAAUUAUAUGUAAUACUUGUUCUAAUGUUCAGUGGUUGAAUCUUUUAAAAUUAUGUCUGAUGAGCCAGACCACUCUAUUAUGCAAUAAAAAAUUCACUGGUGACUUUUUAUUAACAUUAAGGGCCCAGUUGGCUAUAAUACCAGAAGACUACUUAACUAUAAAUCCUCUAGUCGAUGUUAAACAUUACAUCGAAGUAAUGGAAAAGUUUGCAAACGACACAUUUAGGACCGAUUUAUGGCACAAAGGUGAUCAACAAACCCAGCAUAUAUUACAAAUAUGGGAAAAUAUUCUUGCUCUCAAUGCUGAACGUUUCGGUUUAAAUUUCCAAACAAAAGCACCUAUAGUUGAUGAAAAUAUGACGGAAGUAUUCUCAAUAAACGAUUAUGAUCCAGAUGAUGAGAAUGCUCCUGUGAUACUCACUUAA